AUGGCUUACAAGCGAUCACGGCAGGCCUUCGAGGCUGAUUUGCAGAAGCAAGCGUCGCCCUUCGUCCUUUACGGCACACCUCUGCCACCUUUAGAUGAACACACGCGUGAUGACGGCUCAUUUGUUCCAGUAUGGAAGCAAGAGGUUACAGACGAACGAGGGCGAAAACGCUUGCACGGCGCCUUCACGGGAGGCUUCAACGCCGGAUAUUAUAACACUGUAGGUUCUAAGGAAGGUUGGGCACCUUCCGCCUUUGUCUCGUCGCGGCAGAACCGUACGAAAGAUGCCCAGAAGGCUCUCCAGCAGAGGCCGGAAGAUUUCAUGGACGAGGAAGACAUUCGCGAGGCAGAAGAGUCGCGCACACUGGAUGCAUCCACAGAGUUCGCAGGAUUUGGUACAGAGCACGAUAGUGUGCGCAAAAUUGCCGCCAUUGACAUCUUCCGACCAUCUGGUGAGACGGUCGGCUCGAGGUUGUUGAAGAGAAUGGGAUGGAGGGAAGGAAACGGCAUCGGGCCCCGAGUUCGAAGAGCAGCAAAAUUGGGUGAUAAUGAAGAUGGCGAGGAGACCGGAGAAACCCAUCUAUUUGCACCAGACGAUGUACAAGUGAUCUCUUUCACCCGAAAAACAGACCAUAAAGGCCUGGGCUACGAAGGAGAACUGCAAGAGAAAGAAGACUCGAGAAAUGGCAAAUCCAGAACUCGCAAAUCUGCACCUACUGGACAUUCCUCAGAUGAAGACACCGCCGGUCCGCUCCUUGGUGCCCGGAAGAAGCCGCCCUCAGUAUCGAAGAGAACUGGGUUCGGUGUUGGCGGUCUAAACGAUGACGGUUCUGAGGACGAGGAUCCGUACUCGAUGGGGCCAAGGAUAUCUUAUAACAAAACCAUCGGCGGCGAUAAGAAGAUCAGGACAAGACCAAAACCUAUGGCAAGCUCUGCCAACCCUCUCGUCACUACUAAGCCGACUUUUAUCUCAAAGAAGCUCGCCAAUCUGAAGGGAACCUUAAGAAAAUGCCACGAUGGCCGACUGCCCCCAGAUGGAUUCGUGCUCGCAGAUGAGCUCGAUUCAUUUGGCACGAUGAGCCUGCAGGAUGACAAGUACAUACCACCGGAAGUACCAGCGGCAUGGAAAUCAUCGCUUUCGCCAGACAUGGAGACAGACACAAAGUCAGAUUUCGUUUCAACAAGUGAGGCAGCCAAAGCUUCCCAUCUGACUGCGAAGGCACGAGCAUCACUCCUGGGUGAAUCGCAACUUCCAGGCAAAUCAGUCUUUGACUUCUUGACACUCGCAGCCCGUGAUCGACUGGUCGCGGCAUCGGGGCGUCAGAACCUUCCAGCAGCUGGCAACGAGUCUGCUCCAACUGGUCAUGAAUCCUCAAAAUCAGCGACAGAGAAGCUGCAGGACCUCGUACCUAAACUCGACCAUCAAGUGGCUCAGCAAGCUCUCCAACGCGGGAUGAGUGGCUGGAUGCCAUAUGCCGAAGACGAGAACAAAAGAUCUAGGUAUCGAAUGUACCUUGAAAUCCAAGCUGGGUUGAGGCCGACAGGGCAUCUACCGCCCCGCGCCGAGCACAUGAGACAAGACGACUGGGUCCUCGAAAUGCAGGAAUUUGCUAGGGCAGCAGAGGUCUUCAAGCCGAUCAGCGGACAGAUGGCAAGCCGCUUCACCUCUUCCACCUCUCUCCCACAAGGCCAGGGCGACACAUCAAGCGAGGCCCACGCGGCCUCGCUAUUGAGCAAAGCCAAAGCCAAGCCCGAAGACCCAGCAGAAGCCGCCGCCAAACUUGGAAUGUUUGGUCCCAUGACACGGUCCGUCAGCAACUUCUAUCCGUCGAGACUGCUAUGCAAGAGGUUCGGUGUCUCUAUGCCGACGCAUACGGCGUCUGGGGAUGGUGACGCCGGGCCUGCGAAAAAACGUGCAGAUGGCCCCCCCAAGCCAGAAUCUGCCACAACACGAUUUCGAUCUUUUGCAUCUGCCGGAUACCAGCAUGACGAGACGUCUGAGGUCAAUAGAUCCACUGCAGAAGUGCUAAUCGGUCAACAGCCAAUUCCCCCCACCAGGAAGGAAGAGCUCGAGGACAUGGACGCCGAGAGAAACGAGGCUCAGGAGCAGCAGAGACCUGGCCAAGCCAUUUUCAAAGCUAUCUUUGGUAGUGACGAUGAGGACGACUAA